AUGUCUUACAACAUAUUUAUAUUAAUUUUUCUUAACUUAAUUUUAUUUCAUACAGUUUUAACUCUUAAUAAAUGUGAAGAAAUUGAAACAUGUGGAUCGUGUAUCCAAGAAUUGCAUUGCAGUUGGUGCAGUGAACCACUUGAUCGUUUUGCUCAUUGUCGUUCUUCAAAUUCUCUGGAAGCAUGGUGCAAGAAACAAAAAAUAUCUCCGACAAGUUCAUUAAAAGUAACACAAAAUAAGCCAUUUUCCCAGGAAAAAGGAAACGUCGUUCAACUAACACCACAAAAAAUGUUCAUCAGUUUGAGGAAAAAUGAAUCUUACAAAAUUAAAUUUGAAUAUAAACAAGCCGAAAAUUACCCAGUGGACUUAUAUUACAUCAUGGAUCUUUCAGCUUCCAUGAAUGAGUCCAAAAUGAUGUUAGGUGCAUUAGGCCAAAACAUAUCCGAUACCAUGAAAAAUUUGACCAACAACUUUAGAUUAGGGUUUGGAAGCUUUGUAGAUAAACCAACGUUACCAUAUGUAAGACAAAACAAUCACCCUUCCCGUAAGAAGAUUGCUAAACCGUACAGCUUUAAAAACCACCUGUCUCUGAGAGACGACGCCAACGAGUUUAACAAACAAGUAACAAACGCCAAACUCUCGGAAAACAUUGAUUUUCUUGAAGGUGGUUUUGAUGCUUUAAUGCAAGCAAUAGUUUGUAAAAAGGAAAUCGGUUGGAGAUCCCAAGCAAGACAUCUUUUGGUCUAUUCCAGUGAUGCCGGCUUCCACAUAUCUGGUGAUGGUAAAUUAGGCGGUGUAAUCGAACCCAACGAUGGGAGGUGUCAUCUCACGGACAACGAAUACGCUGAUUCUUUGCUGUACGAUUACCCGUCGGUAUCGCAUGUCAAUCAGGUGGCGAAGCAAAACAAUAUAAACAUAGUUUUUGCUGUAAGUGGGCAGAAAAUCAACAACACCUACCAUAAGUUAUCCGGUAAUAUUGAGAACUCAAACGUGGGUACUUUGAGUAACAACUCAGAUAAUGUGGUGGAACUGAUUAGAGAAAAUUAUAAUAGGAUCGUGGAUUCAGUAACAAUGACUUCAAACGCAUCUAGCGACAUGGAGGUAUACUUCGAAAACAACUGUGCCGAAAAAGACAAAAAACCAAACGGUUGCAACAACGUCCAUGCAGGAACGAUCAUCAACUUUUCCGCGACAAUUCGACCCACAGAAUGUACGCAAGGCAACAACAAAAAAAUAAUAGCCAUCAAACCAGCAGGUCUAGAUGAAGAGUUUAUAGUCGAAGUCAACGUUAUAUGCGAUUGUGGCUGUGAGGAAAAAUCCGAUGAUACCUUUGAAGAAAAGUCCGAUAAAUGCUAUCAGCAUGGAAAUUUUGCUUGUGGGGUGUGCGAAUGCAAUGAGGGCAGAUAUGGCGAUAAUUGCGAAUGUGAUGGUGAUAGUUUUACCAGUCAAGAUGUGAGGGAGUGUCAGAUUGAUGCUAACACAACUGUGUGCUCUGGACGCGGAGAAUGCAAAUGCAACAAGUGUGUAUGUAAAGGUGCUGAAACUGGAAAUCCAGCACAUUUGAUAUAUGGGAAAUACUGCGAAUGCGACAACUUUAAUUGCAACAGGGGUCACAAAAAACUAUGCUCUGGAAAUGGAAAAUGCGAAUGUGGACAAUGCAAAUGCGAUGACGGUUGGACAGGAGAAACAUGCGAGUGCAGAUCCAGAAAUACGACAUGCAUUGCACCUGGUGAUAACAAACUUUGUUCUGGACAUGGCAGCUGUAGCUGUGGACAAUGUAUUUGCGAUGUAGAUGACAAGAGAUACUCUGGAACAUUUUGUGAAGAUUGUGCUACUUGUCCAUCACAAAGAUGUGAGGAGUUGCGUCCAUGCGUUGAGUGUAUAAUUAAUAUUAAAAAGGAUAUGAUUUGUUCUGCUAAUUGUAACUUUUAUCAAAUACAUAGCGUAGCGAGUUUUAAUGGUACAAUUAAUGCAGAUUCGGAUUUUAAACAGUGUCAAUUUUUGGAUAAAGAUGGCUGUAGGAUAAUCUUCAGAUAUCACUACAGUGAAAAUGGCACUAUAAUUAUUGACGCGUUGGACGAAAGAAUAUGUACAGAAGUCGAUGUCAUAGCUUGGGUAUCAGGCGUGGUGGGUUCGAUAUUGUUGGCAGGUUUAUUGACGUUAAUAAGUUGGAAAAUAUUUACCGAUGUUCACGAUAGGAAAGAGUAUGCUAGGUUUGAAAAAGAACGAGAAAAUGUCAGGUGGAACGCCAACAAAAACCCCCUGUAUGUGGAAGCAACAUCAAAAUAUAGUAACCCAGCCUUUAACCAACAUGCCGACAAAUGUCAUCAGCAUGAAAAUUUCGCUGGUGGAGUGUGCAAAUGCUAUAAAAGCAGAUAUGGCGAUAAUUGCAAAUCAGGGAGUAAAGAUGUGAGGGAGUGUCAGAUUUAUGCUAACACCAGUGUGUGCUCUGGACGCAGGGAAUGCAAGUGCAAUAAGUGUGUCUGGGUCACAAAAAACUAUGCGAUGACGGUUGGACAGGAUAAACAUGCGAGUGCAGAUCCAGUAAUACGACAUGCAUUGCACCUGGUGAUAACAAACUUUGUUCUGGACAUGGCAGUAACUGUUGUAGCUGUGGUCAAUGUACUUGCGAUGUAUCACUACAGUGAAAAUGGCUCUAUAAUUAUUGACGCGUUGAACGAAAGAAUCUUUACAGAAGUCGACGUCAUAGGCGUGGUGGGUUCGAUAUUGUUGGCAGGUUUAUUGACGUUAAUAAGUUGGAAAAUAUUUAGCGAUGUUCACAAUAGGAAAGAGUAUGCUAGGUUUGAAAAAGAACGAGAAAAUGUCAGGUGGAACGCCAACAAAAACCCCCUGUAUGUGGAAGCAACAUCAAAAUAUAAUAACCCAGUCUUUAACCAACAUGUAUUUCCUGCUCAUAAAAAAAACCGAAUAAACAAAAUCUCCAGUCUUGGGGGCGGGACCAGGAAGUGGAAGGUGUUGAAAAGCGUGACGUAUAGUGAAGAGGGGGACCGCUGUGCCAGGGAAUCGCGGCUGCAACUUCUUGGUGCCAUCUUGAGCGUAGCACUGAGUCCUACAUUACGAUGUGGGUUAACCAGGAAAUACGCGAACUGUUGCAUUUCGCCGUCGAGCUUCCCGCCGAUCGGAUCAAACUCUCCGUAUUCAUUACGCUGUGAUAAUAGAUUUUAUUUUGCUACGUUACUUGGAGAGGAUGGAGAAGGCAGAGUUGGAAAAGGAUAUGGACGAAAAAGUGGCUCAGCUAGGACUCACUUGAGAAAGGUCACUGGUCACAAAAGAUGUCAGACGUGUCACCUGAUGGAGAGUAAACCAAAAAAAGAUAUAAAUUCAAAUUUGACAUCGAAACCAGCGCAAGGAUUGCCAUCAUCCAGGUCACCAUUCCAGAACGCUGUAGAAGAAAAAUAUCCAGAAAUUAAGAACAUACUGGAGAAAUGCACUAAAAAAAUCCCUCCCGAAGAAACAAAAAACGUAAAAGUAGAAAAACAUGAACCGAACAAUCCUAAAGUGGGCUCUACGAGUGCACCUGCCAGCGCUAAACCUCAGCCCCCUCAAGAAAAUCAACAAAAUUUGGAAACGUGCAGCAAGAGGUCCAACAGUUGCCUAGAAAACAAGUACAAACUCACAAUCACUUCCGAGCGUUUGCAACAGCUCAAAAAAAUCGUUGAUACUGCCAUUAGAGAGCACAGAGUGUUCAGCAUAAAGGGAAACUGGAGCGUCAUCCGCAGGGAACUGCUCAAAAGAAAUUGGGUCGAAAAAAACGAACCGGCGACCAAAAAAACGAACAAACCAGAAGAAGAUAUCACCAGCAAUCUGCCGAUGAAACAAGAAUGGGAAACGCAAGCGGCUUAUGUGCAAAAGUGUGAGAGAAUGAUCAUGUCCAGGAUGAUGCAACUUGUCGAUGUAGACAUCCACUAUAGUACCAGAAAGGAUCAAUCCGAUUUAUCCCACAGGGCUAACGCAUACAAAUUAUGCAGCAGAUUUAGUAGAUCCUUAUUUUCUUCCAAGGAAGGUUUGGCUCUAUUGCUUACGCAAGCCUACUGGUAUACAGAACCUGGAGUGGCUGUCAUCAACUUUCCAAGAUGUUAUGUUUUAGGUUUCCCAGAUCAUUUCAAUAUGUUCGUGGACGAUUUUCGUAUGACGGCUUGCAUAGGAAUGUUAAAAUGGUUCGCUGAGAAGUUUAACCCUAAGGACAAAUACUCGAUACAAUCGAACGAUGGAAAGUGCCAGUUUUCGGCCUUACAAUUCGCUAUACAACGUUGCAGCGAAUAUAUAGACUCUCAAAAACAUAACGACAUAGACAAAGAAUUACCGACAAUCUACGAGCACGAGUGGGAUGCGUUUUUAAGAUACUAUUACGAUCUUUUACACCACAAUGGCAUGUUUGUUUAUAACAAGGAUUAUUUAUUAGCAUCUACUUAUGCUACGAUAAAAUCUACAUUGAGAGAACUGGAGAAAUACUGGCCCGAAUAUGGCAUAGACGGUAUGAAAAAUAUCUGGAUAAUAAAACCUGGAAACAAAUGUCGCGGCAGAGGCAUCCAGCUGGUAAAAAAUUUAGAGGACGUCGAAAAAUUAAUGAACUUAAAAUUAAAGUACGUUGUCCAGAAAUACAUAGAGAGGCCCCUAAUCAUCCACAAAACCAAAUUCGACAUACGGCAGUGGUUUUUGAUCACGUCAGUGCAGCCGUUGAUGGUCUGGAUGUACAGGGAGUGUUAUUUGCGGUUUAGCAGUCAGAUUUUUAGCUUGGAGAAUUUCCACGAAUCUCUACAUUUGACAAACCACGCUGUUCAGUGCAAAUACGCCAACGUGGAGCAAAGAAGCAAAGAAUUACCCGACAACAACAUGUGGGAUUGCCACACGUUCAAAGCGUACUUGAAGACGCUUGGAUGUAUGGAGAAAUACGACCAAGUGAUCUAUCCAGGCAUGAAAGAGAGUAUUGUUUGCGCCAUGCUGGCAAGUCAAGACACCAUGGACAGAAGAACAAAUACCUUUGAAAUUUACGGGGCCGAUUUUAUGAUUUCCGAUGAUUUCAGACCGUGGUUAAUAGAAAUUAAUUGUUGCCCUGACAUGUCGUUGUGCACGUCUGUUACAAGCCGCAUGUGUCCUAAAGUAAUGGAGGACACCAUCAAAGUCGUCAUUGAUAGAAGAUCAGAUCCUAAAGCUAAUACUGGAUUAUUUGACUUGGUGUACAAGCAAAAUUUCCCUAGAACGCCACCCUAUUUGGGUAUGAAUCUAGCUGUAAGAGGACGAAAGAUAUUCAAGUUAAAAUCAAAAUCCAAACAAGAAAAAAAGGAGGAGAAGAAACAUCGUGAAUCUAUUCUUGGUCAAAAACGCAGGGAAAUAAUCAAGAAUAAGUUCAUAACGGACGGGAAUAUUCUAAAAACGUUCCCGAAAAUAGUCCAAUCCCCCGAUAUCUACAAGGGACCCCUCAUACAGGAUCUGAUCGAGGAGCUGCACAAAACGGUGAUCAACGAGGACAGCGGCAUCAAUUUCGUUCCAGCGUUGCCGAUGUCGGUCACUCAGCCUGCGAAAAAAAAGCUGGACAGCGUCAAAAACGACACGGUACCGAAAAAAAGCCUAUCGAAACCUAACUCUAAUUAUUCUUCCAACAGAAAAACAAACGUAAAAGAAAAUGACAGACGUUUGGGGCGUUCCGGAAACAUUCGCAUUAAUUUGAUGGGCGAAAUUCAAAAACGCAAAAUUCCUCUUCAUCAAUUGGGUGACAGUUGGGAGAUGGAGACCAUUAGUAUUUUAAAGGGUAAAAACAUUUUUCCUAAUUUUCCAGUUAUUAAUAAUGAUAAAGACUCCAAUAAAAAUUAUAUCUAUGAAGAGUAUAAAUCGACAGAUAAUGAGGAAGAAGUCAUCACAAAUAAAACUAACAAGGAAAUUUCCUUUCGUUUAAACGUGAAACAAAACAGUAAAGACAAAAAUAAAACACUCCCCUCAAAUCUCAAAAAGGAUGUUUCAAAAGAUAAUAAGAAAACCAGACAUUCAAUAGCAAAUCAGCAGUAUCAUUCAAAACAACCACGGACAAAUCUAUGUAUAAAAGAAAAAAAGUCAGAAUAUAUCAGAAAUAGGAUCAACUUGUUCCAAUGUAAACAAAGAAGAAAAAAACUGGUGUACGAAGACCACUUGUCAGAGGUGACCAAAGAAAUAAAGAACGUUCUUUUGAAUUUAAGAAGCCACCUACUCAAUAUGGACAAGAAGCAGGACUCGUUUUCCAACGUGGUUCCUGAUUCGGAGGCAGCUUAUAAACUAAUUUUAUAUAUAAAAUUAGUUUAUCGAGGAAAAAAUCCAACCCGAUGCAGCAGAAGGAUAAAAGAGACAAGCGAAAAAUGUGAACCACAGCAUUCGGAAGCAAUAAGUGAUCAGCUCAAUAAUUUCGGUAAAAUCAUGGAUCAAAGCGUUAAUGUGUUAUCAAAUGCAAUAAAAACCGUUACAGAUGAAGAGUAUAAAUCGACAGAUAAUGAAGAAGAAGUAAUCAAAUCAAUAGAGGACCUUAUAAGGCUAGAUAACAUGAGGGAUAAGACGAACAACAAGCUCGAAAAUAAAACUAACAACAAGGAAAACGUGAAACCAAACAGUAAAGACAAAAAUAAAACACUCCCCUCAAAUCCCAAAAAGGAUGUUUCAAAAGAUAAUAAGGUUAAAUCCGAAGCAAAAAAUAAUAGUGGGGGUUCCAAAUCAGGAUCUAAUGAUAAAUCAAAAGGUAAAUGUGAAAAUAAACAAACAAAACCAGAAAACAUUAAAACAUUGAAUAGCAAAUCAGCAGUAUCAUUCAAAACAACCACGGACAAAUCUAUAAAAGAAACAAAAAGUCAAAAUGUAUCAGAAAAAGGAUCAACUUGUUCCAAUGUAAACAAAGAAGUUAAAAAACUGGUGUACGAAGAACAGUUGUCAGAGGUGACCAAAGAAAUGAAGAACGUUCUUCUUAAUUUAAGAAGCCACCUACUCAACAUGGACAAGAAGAAGCAGGACUCGUUUUCCAACGUGGUUCCUGAUUUGGAGGCAGCUUAUAAAACUAGUUUAAAAAGGAAAAAAUCCAACCAGAUGCAGCAGAAGGAAAAAACAAAAGAGCCCACUGAAAUAAGUAAACCAAAAACAUCCAAAGAUAUUAUUAAUGCAAAAAAAGAAAAAAGAAGCAAAAGUGUUAGUCCUGUAAAACCUGCCGUUGCGAAAAAAGCAUCUCCUACGUCACCCAAACUACCAUUAUUGUCUCUACAAGAGUUGAAACAGAAGGCAAACGAGGCAAUGCGUAAGAAAAAAACCUUUACCGUGCGCGGCCGCUGGAAUGUUGUACGAAAGGCUUUGGUGAGCCGAGGAUGGGUAGAAAAAAUCGUAAACGAACCUGGUUUGAAUAAGGAUCUAAGACGGAUGAUGUAUUACACCGUACCAGAACUGAAUAUAUUGAUGAGGGUGGAGGAUUUACGCGAACUUUGCGCAAGAGUCAUCCUGUCAAAACAUCUGGACGAACACCAGGUUGAUUUGUACUGGUCUUCGCAGUUUCAGUACUUUAAAGCGUAUGCAAACUCCAGCAAACUAAGCUUGAUCAACAGGUUCAGAAGGGACGUUUUCUCUUACACGAGCAAAGGCGGGCUCUGCGAGGCCUCCAAGCAGGAAUACUGGUUCAGGAUUCCCGGAGUGGCAGGGAUCAACCAUCCGAGAACCUACAAGGCGUCCUCGCCCAGCGAGCUGCAGAGUUUCGUCAAAGAUUACCGCAUAACGGCAGCGUUAUCUCUGCUGAAGUGGGUUGUGAGGACUAGCGAGACUCAGGAGCAAAAAGUGAUAGGUCCCACGGGAAAAAUCGCUUUGGACUUUUUCAAUUUUGCUGCUGUCGAGUGUUACAAGUUUAUCAAGACGAAGAAGCAUGAGGAUAUUGAUAGGCAUAUUACCGAGGCUAAAGAGGAGGAAUGGAAGAGGUUUUUGGAGGCUUUUUAUAGAAUUAUGUAUAUAGGUAAUCACUUUAGAGGCGAUAACGUCACAACAGUGGUCGACAUGGUUAGGAAAAGUAGUUAUAUUCUUAAAACAGUCGAGCAAUAUUGUCCUUACCUAAAAAUGGAUGGUCAUAUGAAUAUAUGGAUUCUAAAACCUAUCAAUAGCAGCAUGGGCAAAGGUAUUCAUGUUUGUAGAGAGCUAAAUUAUAUGCUUAACAUAAUGAAAAAUAAGCCUAAAACUGGAUAUAUCGUCCAAAAGUAUAUAGAACGGCCAUUGUUGAUACACAACACCAAAUUCGAUAUAAGGCAGUGGUUCCUUAUUACAUGCGCCAAUCCCCUAACUAUCUGGAUGUAUAAGUCUUGUUAUUUGAGAUUUUGCGCACAAACUUACAACCUUAAUAACCUCCACGAAGCCAUCCACCUGACCAACAACUCGGUCCAGAAAAAAUAUAUGCGGCGUACAUUUGAUCCGGCGCUGCCAUCGUAUUUGAUGUGGGAUUCGAAGCAGUUCGAGAGGUACCUUUCGAAUAUAGGUUUUCCGAAGGCGUUCCAGACUAUAAUCCAUCCCGAAAUGAUGAAAUGCUUCACUGCGGCUGUGUUGAUGCUUCAAGAUAAACUCGAUAAAAGACCGAAAAGUUUCGAGUUGUACGGUGCAGAUUUUAUGAUUACAGAGGAUUUCAAAGCUUGGUUGAUUGAGAUUAAUUCAAACCCAGCACUUUUUGAUUCGACCCCUGUAACAAAGACCCUGUGCCCACAGGUUUUAGAGGAUGUCAUUAAAGUGGUGGUGGACCACGCCAAAGACCGCAAAGCAUCCACAGGCGACUUCGAGCUCGUUUAUUUGCAGAAGGAGAAGCACUUCCAGAAAACGCAUCCGAGUCUCAAGCUAUGCGGCAAGACGGUUCCAAAGAAGUAUUUCGCUCGCUCUGACAGCGAGCUGGUCAAGAAACCAGAAGUAAAGCCUCAGCAAGAGUUGAAAGCCACGAAGGAGUCGUUGAAUUCAUUCGGAAAUGGCAUGAAAAGGACUUUGGAAAACUUGCAGAGGCUGAUCAAACUGGAGAAAAUGCGGAAGAGCCGUAGAAAAACUAUCGGUACAGCCACCGAUAAAAAAAAGUCAGUUUCAAACGAAACCAACUGCAAUACUUACUUGGAAUUCUAUGAAGAUACUGCGUACGAAGACUAUAAGGAGGCGUUGAAGAUCACCAACAAAAGUGGUCAUCUCAGUAGACAGUUGAAUGAAAGUGUGGGCGAUAGUAAACUUGACGACGACGACGAGAUUAAAAACACCUUAAACGAACUGUUGGACCUAAUAAGGAACGAAAAGGAGCGUAGGAUCCAAAACAUGAAAAACGCAAAGAAAAUGUCGCCAGACGAAACCCUCGAGAUGGACUCGGAAAUCGUUAAGGACGUGAUCCAAAACUUGAAAGAAUCAGGCAAAACAGACUUUUUGUCGCGAAUAAAAUCUGCAACCAGCCAUCUAGACUAAACAAGUUUAUUAUUAUUAAUUAAUUAAUCAAAUUAAAAAACUUGUACACUGCCCCAUAAUAAAUAUUGAAGCAUAAUUAAAUUAACCUUAAUUGUUAAUAGAAUUAUGUAUAAAGUUAAAUUACAUUUUAAGUGACUUGUCACUCGAAUCACAUCACUGUAUGUAAAAGCUACCACUUUUUACAGACACCUUUUGUUGUAUGUAUUUUUAAAAUGUUUUCCUUAGGUCUUGUUAUUUGAGAUUUUGCGCACAAACUUACAACCUAAAUAACCUCCACGGAGCCAUUCACCUGACCAACAACUCGGUCCAGAAAAAAUAUAUACGGCGCACAUUUGAUCCGGCGCUGCCAUCGUAUUUGAUGUGGGAUUCGAAGCAGUUCGAGAGGUAUCUUUGUAGUUUAUUAACGCAGAUAUUAGGGUUUUUAUCAGAACUUUAUUUUAAUGUAACAAAUUAUAUAUUUUAUUUUUGACAACUAUUGACAUUACAUUUAUUAAUAAUUAUUGUUGUUUCUAUUGUUAAGAAUUAAGGUUG